AUGGCAAUGGCACCUACCAUUCCUAUGAGAAUGAAACCGAAGAAGAGUCUCCAAAUUCAUUGUCACUUGACUUUUGCAACAACGUUCGACAAAAUUACUCAACUAGCUACAAAAGAUGACAAUAAGAAGACAAAGGUUGUGUUCGUACUAGGAACAACUGCUGUCGGAAAAUCAAAACUCUCCAUUGAUCUGGCCACUCACUUUCAAGGUGAAAUCAUCAACUCCGACAAAAUUCAAGUCUACAAGGGCCUUGACAUAUUAACUAACAAAAUUCCUGAAGAUGAGCGCAGAGGUGUGCCUCAUCAUUUGCUAGGGUUUGUGGAACCGGAUAGAGAGUUUACCACACAGGACUUUUGCAACCAUGUACACACGGCCAUGAAUCAAGUUAUGGAGAAUGGAAACAAUCCGAUUAUUGUUGGUGGAUCGAAUAGGUACAUGGAGGCACUUGUCGACGAAGAUUCAAUGUUCGACUUCAAAGCAAAUUAUGAUCCUUGCUUUCUAUGGGUGGAUGUUGCUUUGCCAAUUUUACUCGAUUGCACGUCGAGAAGAGUUGAUGAGAUGGUUGAGGCUGGUCUGGUUGAUGAGGUUCGAGAUAUCUUUGCUCGAGGUAUAGAUCGAACUUGGGGGAUUUGGAAGGCUAUUGGGAUUCCAGAGUUGGAGGCAUACAUUCAAGCUGAAAGGAAAAUGGCUGAUGAGAAGACCAAGAAAAUGUUACUUGAUACUGCUAUUUAUGAGAUUAAGAAAAACACCAACAAACUAAUCAAUUCACAACUAAUGAAAAUCAAACGGUUAAGAAACGAGAAAGGAUGGAAAUUGCAUCAUAUUGAUGCUACUCGUGUGUAUGAGAAAAGUGGAAAAAUAGCUAAGGAUGUAUGGGAUAAGGAGGUUUUGAGACCUAGCUUAGAGAUUCUUGCUAAUUUUUUUAGGAAGAAAAUGAGAAAACAUGAGUUGUGGAGACUUGCCUUGAACAUUAAAACUAUGCCAAUGGCACCUACUAUUCCUACGAGAAUGAGACCUAAGAAGAAUCUCCAAAUUCAUUGUCACUUGACUGUAGUAAAUACAAAGGAUGGCCUAAAUCGCCCCAUAUCAUUUCAUUUGAAGGCCAUACAAUUUGAGUAA